AUGGCUCGUACCAAGCAAACCGCCAGGAAAUCCACCGGAGGCAAAGCUCCAAGGAAGCAACUCGCGACGAAGGCGGCGAGGAAAUCCGCUCCAGCCACCGGAGGAGUGAAGAAGCCACACAGAUUCCGUCCCGGAACUGUGGCUUUAAGAGAGAUCAGGAAGUACCAGAAGAGCACUGAGCUUCUGAUCCGUAAGCUUCCGUUCCAGCGCCUCGUUCGUGAGAUCGCUCAGGAUUUCAAGACGGAUCUGAGGUUCCAGAGCAGCGCCGUCGCGGCCCUCCAGGAAGCGGCCGAGGCUUACCUCGUCGGUUUGUUUGAAGACACAAACCUUUGCGCGAUUCACGCCAAGAGAGUCACCAUCAUGCCUAAGGACAUCCAGCUCGCUAGGAGAAUCAGAGGUGAAAGAGCUUGA